ACGUUACACUGCUGUCAGAUCAGCAGAUUUAACUUUGUCUUUGCAGCAGCAGCAGCAGCAGCAUCGCAGAGAAACUGUCUCUCCACAAUCUACAUCCAGGACACAAAGCCAAAGUCCAGCUUGAAGUCUCACCAUGUCCACCGACCCUGCGGCCGAGCUGCCUUUCUACUAUGGCAGCAUCAGUCGCUUAGAGUCCGAGCAGCACCUGAAGCUGGCUGGGAUGGCCGACGGCCUCUUCUUGUUGCGCCAGUGUCUCCGCAGUCUGGGAGGCUACGUCCUGUCCAUCGUGUGGAACCUGGAGUUCCACCACUACUCUGUAGAGAAACAGCUGAACGGGACUUACUGCAUCACAGGGGGGAAGCCUCACUGCGGGCCCGCAGAGCUCUGCGAGUUCUACAGCAAGGACCCGGACGGGCUGGUGUGCAUCCUGAGGAAACCCUGCCUGCGCUCCGCGGACACACCGAUACAGCCCGGCGUCUUCGACAGCCUGAGAGAAAACAUGCUGAGGGAGUAUGUGAGGCAGACCUGGAAUCUGGAGGGAGAAGCCAUGGAGCAGGCCAUCAUCAGUCAAGCCCCUCAGCUCGAGAAGCUGAUCGCCACCACGGCCCACGAGAGGAUGCCUUGGUAUCACAGUAAAAUCACCCGGCAGGAGGGUGAGAGGCGGCUUUACUCUGGAGCACAACCGGAUGGAAAGUUUCUAGUGAGAGACAGAGAGGAGACUGGGACUUUUGCUCUCUCCAUGAUGUAUGGGAAGACAGUUUACCACUAUCAGAUUCUCCAAGAGAAAUCAGGGAAGUUCUCCAUGCCGGAGGGAACAAAGUUUGACACAAUCUGGCAGCUGGUUGAAUACCUGAAGAUGAAACCUGACGGCCUGGUGACAGUUCUCGGAGAGGCGUGCCUCAACGGCAAGGCGGCUGGAAAGACGCCCAAUCUUCCUGCAACAAGGCGACCAAAUGGAUACACACCGCCACCUCGAGCUAUAGCAGCGGCCUCCAUCGUGCCCGCAGAGCGCGAGGUUCUGCCCAUGGACUGCAGCGGGUUCAACCCGUACAAUAACCCCAACGACAUAAAGAGAUUCAACAUCCAGAGGAGUCAGCUGCUGGUCGACGAGGUGGAGCUCGGCUCAGGAAACUUUGGCAGUGUCAAGAAGGGAGUCUUCAAGACGGAAUCAGGUCAGAUAGACGUGGCCAUCAAAGUGCUGAAGAAUGAGAAUGAGAAGCUGGUGAGGGAGGAGAUGAUGAGGGAAGCCGAGAUCAUGCACCAGCUGAGCAACCCCUUCAUUGUCCGAAUGCUCGGCCUCUGCAACGCUGAACAUCUGAUGUUGGUCAUGGAGAUGGCCUCUGCUGGACCGCUCAACAAAUUCCUCAGUGCCAACAGGGAUUCUGUAACUGCAGAGAACAUUGUCAACCUGAUGCACCAGGUGUCGAUGGGGAUGAAGUAUCUGGAGGAGAGGAACUUUGUGCACAGAGACCUGGCAGCUCGUAACGUCCUGCUGGUCAACCAACAGUUUGCCAAAAUCAGUGAUUUUGGGCUCUCCAAGGCCCUGGGAGCCGACAACAACUACUACAAGGCUCGCACCGCGGGUAAAUGGCCACUGAAGUGGUACGCUCCAGAAUCAAUAAACUUCCACAAAUUCUCCAGUAAAAGUGACGUGUGGAGUUUUGGUGUCACCAUGUGGGAGGCCUUUUCCUACGGAGGGAAGCCGUAUAAGAAAAUGAAAGGACCAGAGGUGAUAAACUUUAUCAAAAUGGAGAACCGCAUGGAGUGUCCAGCAGCAUGUCCAGAGCGAAUGUAUGCACUGAUGAUGGAAUGCUGGAUAUACAAGCAUGAAGACCGUCCAGACUUCAAGAAGGUUGAGGAGUCCAUGAGGUCGUACCAUUACUCCAUAUCGAACAAGGCCAAGCCGGAAGGAGCCGCAGCCGAAGCCGCUGCUGAGCCUGUCAAGUAGAAAGAAACAAGCCACAUUCUGUUCCAGUGCUGCACAAAGCUUCCUUUCAACUGGCCAUUAAACAACCCAAAACAAAGGGCUUUUUAUGAACGGUGCGCGCUGACCAGUAGCGAUACAGCUGAACGGGCCUCAGUGACAAUAAAUGUUCAUUUGUACCUCAGUGUGUCCCCCAUGUAAGGAGGACAUCUGUCUGUCUGUAGGGGUUUGAAUGUUAAGUGUCCUCACAUUAACAAACAAAAUACAUUUAUAUUGUGGUAUUUUGGACCGUAAUGGAUACGAUACAUGUACAAGUUGUCUCCACCUAAGAAAGGUUUAUUGGUUUUUUUUAUUAAUGUCAAAUAAAGUAGAACGAAACUGA